UUCCCUGAAGGCAAAGGAGCCAAGUUGCGAGAGUUACUGUGUUUUUUCCUACUUGAGCAAUCGGCAUAUACCAUUUGCAUGUGCCAUGUGCCAUCUUCUCGAAUGAUGCUCUGUCUGUUGAUCCUCAAUCUUCAAACCCACCUUCCUCCCAUAAUCUCAACAUCAAAAGCAUUCAUUUUUAAAAUCCCACUUACUUUUUCUUCUUUUCUUUAAUAAUAUUAAAAGAUUUGAUUGAUCAUCUGCACCACAACAAUAACAACAAUGGAGUCAUUGAUUCCCCCAGAAAUUCCCCUUUCCAGCCCCACGCAUGUAUUUGUCUCUCAAUCUCAUUAAAUUCUUGGCCUUUGUUGGACUCUUUGGUGUCUCUCUCUUCUUCUACUCUAUUCUCAUGGAAAUCCCUAAGGGAGCAGAAACAGCUACUGAUGUCGCCCAGAAGCACGUUUAUUCGGUUUGGGCGGUUCCACAGGAAGACGUGGCCGAGAGAAUCAAGAAAUUGAUGGACGGUCUAAGAUCGGAGUUCGGCGGGCCACAAUUCGAACCGCAUGUUACAGUAGUUGGGGCUAUUAGUUUGACGGAGCAGGAUGCGUUGGACAAGUUUCGAUCUGCCUCUGAUGGAGUCAAAGCUUAUACUGCCACCGUUGAUCGCGUCGUCACCGGAACUUUCUUUUAUCAGUGUGUUUAUUUACUCCUCCAUCCCACGCCAGAGGUAGUGGAAGCUAGUGAAAGCAGUAGUGGACAUUUCGGGUACAAGAGGUCUACUCCUUACAUGCCUCAUCUUAGUCUCUUAUAUGGAGAUCUAACAGAUGAUGAGAAGAAAAAUGCUGAAGAAAAGGCUAAUAUUCUCGACAACAGCAUCAACGGCUUGAGUUUCCAAAUAAACCGUCUUGCCCUGUGGAAAACAGACACAGCGGACCAAACCUUGAAAUCAUGGGAGAAGAUUGCAGAAUGCAACCUCAGCCCCAACUAGUUCUGCAUCUCUCUUAAUUCUUCCAAUUUGCAAUAAAAACUUACCAGGUGCUGUCCUCUUCUAAUUGCAAUUGACUGUAUGUAAAAGUGUGAUUAAUCUCUGUUCGUGCGAUACUGCGGUUGCAUAUGCAAUCAUACCACCAUUAUAUGUGAAGCUUUGCUCAGUAUCCCAGUAAUCCAACGCACUCGCACAGGAUUGCAAUUAUGCCUGCAAUAAGGAAUUCUGUAAUCAAAUGUUACUUCUCAUGGCAAUAUAAAAGGUUUCAUUUGGUCUGUGGUAGAGAAUGUGAAUAGAAUAAUUGUUUUAAUUGCUAAGUUUAAUAAAUGUUGCCCACCCUCGUAAGGGAUCAGGGUAAAGGACUUUGAGUUUAAUAUGUGAAACAACACAAACGUAUAUGACUGUGCUUUAAGUUUAAUUUUCCCACGUGAUCUUAUCUUCA